ACACAAGAAAUGUAAAUCGCAUCAGGCCACCUGGUGCGACGAGUUCUGACUGAGAAGACUGCUGGUGAGGGGCAUUGAUCUAGGUCUCCUACGUGAGAAACCACUCACCCAACCAAUUUUAAUAGGGUAAUAUAAGAUACAAGUAAAAAGUAAUCUAGAAAGUACUUAGUCAAAAUUCAAAGGUAGCUGACUAGUUUGAUACGCGGAAUGCAAUAAACCAUUAAUUCACUCUUUUCAAUCUCAGCCUCCACAAAAUAUACAGUUAACUAAACUUAAGGAGUGACUCAAGCAACUAUCUUCGCUCCACCAUUAGACAAAAUUAGUGGAGAGAGAUAGAGAGAAAUAACCCCCCAAAUACACAAGGAUAUGAAAUGAUAACAGAUUAGUGCAUGUUCAAGAACAUUCACUCUAAUUAAGGGGAAUAAAAAAGAAAAAAAGAAAAAAAAAGAAAGAGGCAGAAUACGAGGGUUGAAUUGAUCAUCAUCCCAUUUUUUUCAUAAUGGCACAAAUGCAACCUGAGAAAGUUGCUUCUAGUGUCCAAGAAUCUACUCCAGAAUUUGUUGCUAAAGUUGAUAUGAAUAUUAAUAAUAAUAAUGUUAAUGGUGGCUCUUUCAAGUUCAAUGUUCAGGCCCCUGCAUUCGUGCCAAGAAAAUCACAUGCCACGUCAAUCCCAUGCAUUUCAGGAUAUUUUUAUCCAUGCAGUUUUCAAUAUGUUAAUACUGGGGCUAAUACAACAAUAUAUGGGGGUGAUCAAGACACUACCUCCUUUGUUCAAGAGCCAAGUUUUGUUUCAUCCCUCUCUCAGAAAGAUAUCCUUCCUGAUGAGCUCAAGCUAAAAGUCAUCAAACAGGUUGAAUACCAACUUAGUGACAUGAGCUUGCUCGCGAAUGAGAGCUUGUUGAAACAGAUGAACAAGGACGCUGAAGGUUUUGUUCCCAUUUCUUCUGUUUCGGCUACAAAGAAAAUCAAGUCCCUCAUCACCAACAACCAAUUAACACUUUCUCAAGCCCUCCUAUCCUCUACAAAGCUGAUUGUAAGCGAUGAUGGCAAGAGGGUCAAACGAAAAAUGCCAUUCACUGACAAAGAUAAAGAGGAAUUGCUGUUACGCACUGUGGUGGCUGAGAAUUUACCGGAUGAUCACUCCCAUCACAACAUUGAGAAAAUAUUUAAUGUUGCUGGAAGUGUCAAAACCAUCCGAGUAUGCCAUCCCCAAGAUCCUAACACACGAACUAGAGGAGACUUGGGCAUCAGCAGUAAGCUUCAUGCACUAAUAGAGUUCGAGCAUCCAGAGGCCGCUGAGAAAGCAGCGGAGAAGCUAAAUGAUGAGAGGAACUGGAGAAAAGGCCUUCGAGUGAGGUUGCUGCUCAGACGUUCACCAAAGUCUGUUCUAAAGAGCAGGAAGUCAGCGUUUGAUGGCUGUUUAGAUGAUGAAGAUUGGUUGAGUUCUGAAUUGACAGAUGAUGCUAAUCACUCAGAAGUAGUGGAUACUAAUGUUGAAGAGACUUUAGCAACAACAAAGAAAAUAUGGGGUAAAGGGCGUGGGAAAAGUACACGACAAGUGCAACGAAAUCAAAUGUACAGUGGUCGUGGCUUGCUUUCCUCGUCUCCACAAGGCAGCACAUAUGAAGCACCACCAGUGAAACAGGCCGCUCCAAAAGGACCAAGAAUGCCAGAUGGAACCAAAGGUUUCACUAUGGGAAGAGGGAAGCCCCUGAGGAGUAUUAAUGUUCAAACUGGAGGAGUACAUGUUGUAUAAAUGGAAGAUGAUCAAUUUUGCCCCGGUUUUAUUACUCAGUAUUCACUUGGUAGUACCCAUGGAAGUUCUCUAGUCGAAUUCUUUUUGGUUAAAGAUAUUUAUGUCAAUAAUUCUAGAACUAAAGCAAAAGUGUAUAGGUUAACUACGGCUAUGGCUUCCUUGAGACUACCAAUUUUGUUUUGUACAUUUCUUUUUUCGUGAAAAUUACAUGGGGAAUAAUACGACUGAGUUUAAGAUUCUGCCUCUCA